CUUUUCAUAUAGGGUUUGAAAUAAAAAUAUUUUUAAUUAGGAUUAUAAAGAGAAUAUGGAAAUCAACAAUUAUUAAUUGUUCCUAUAACUUAUAAUUAUACUCAAAACUUCGUUAAUGUUUUUAUACCAUACCAAAAGGAUCUCCAAAUAUUACUUUUAAUGCCAAAAUUAUCAUAUAAAAUUGAAAGUUGAAGGUUUAUCUCGAAUUAUUAUGUAUACUAUACAUGAAGGAGAAAUAUUGUUGAAAGAAAAAUAUGGCUCUACAUCCAAUAAACGAUUCUAUGUAAAACCGCCAGAUCAAGAUAAUAUAGUAGUAGUGGAUGAUGAAAGAAUAAGUGAUGUCAUUAACUGGUUCACAAGAAUAUUUCUACCACAAGGCUAUCCUGGUAGUGUUAGUAAAGACUACAUAUCCUACCAAAUUUGGGACACUGCUCAGGCUUUUUGCAGUACCAUUACAGGCACUUUGGCCACUCAAGAAGUUCUUCGUGGUGUGGGAGUAGGAGAUACUAGCGCCACACCUUUGGCUGCUACGGUUACAUGGGUAAUAAAAGAUGGGUGUGGACAUCUAGGAAGAAUUUUGUUUGCAUUCAGCCAUGGGACAUAUUUAGACGCAUACAGUAAAAAGUGGAGACUGUAUGCGGAUACACUAAACGACGCAGCAAUGUGUAUUGAAAUUGCCUUGCCAUUGUUCAGGAACUAUACAACAUUCGCUUUGUGUGUAAGCACUGUGAUGAAAGCUAUUGUUGGCGUUGCUGGCGGGGCGACAAGAGCGGCUAUGACUCAACAUCAUGCCCUAAGAGGUAACAUGGCUGAUGUAUCUGCAAAAGAUUCGGCACAAGAGACGGCUGUCAACUUAAUCGCUUCCAUAACAGCGCUUUUCAUCAUUAGUUUAUUUGGGAAUUCCAUCAUCAUUUUUAUCUUAAUGAUGAUACUUCACAUAAUCUUCAAUUACUUUGCCGUGAGAGCUGUAUGUUUGAGAACUUUAAAUGAGCCUAGAUUUUUACAAGUAAUCGACAUAUAUUUGAAACAAGAAGUCAUUGCGAACCCUUGCGAGAUUAAUCGUGCUGAACCAAUAAUACUUUAUCAAUUGGGACCAAAUUUAUUAGACUUGAAGCUGUGUGGAUUUCAAAUUAAACUAGGAUAUUCAAUAAAAAAAAUAAUUAAUGAACAAUCAAAUAGCGCACGUUUGCGAAGAAUCAUUGAUGUUUAUAAUGAUAAACAGUACCUACUGCUCCCAGAUAUAAGUAAACGAAAGAUGCAUGUAUUAUUAAAGGAGGAAGCAACGGCUGAUGACAUACUAUGUUCAUAUUUCCAUGCUGCGUUACUGUCCAUAAUCAUAUGCGCUAUAAACGAUUAUUCUUUGCCUAUUUACUGCAAUUCAGUAGAACCACGUCCAUUCGCACAAGUAUGUCACACCUUGCAAUCGGCGGAAUGGAGUCGUGAAGCAACGAACGUCUCCGAAUCUUAUAAUCUAUUCCAAUACGAGCCUACGCAAGAGCUCAUAGUAUAUGUAGACAAGAUAGUACAAAAGGAGUGGUUUAAAAUAAGAAGAGGAUUAGCACAAACUGGCUGGGAUCUUAACAAACACCUACUUAUGGUUGAUGAAUGGCGAGUGUGUAGCCAAACAAUUACGAAUACAGUACCAAUAGAAAAGAGUCUCGAUACCAUUGUACCGCCAAAUAGUAAAACGAUAUCUUUCGGGGAAAUACUAGAAUUCGAAACAGAUGAGAAUUCUGAGAAGGAUGCUUUUACUAUAGAACCUGAAUAUUCAAUGGCAGAAAUACUAACCAAAACUGACAUAAUAGAAACCACAGAAAAGGAAGAUUGUACUAAACUAGAAGUGAAACUCAGUAAGAAUAAAAAAGAAGACUGAAAAAACUUGUAGGUUAACAAUAUAGAUCAACAAAGACUAUAUACUAUAGACUAUAAUACUUUGCGCAUUUUACAUUCAGGAACCAAUAAAGAGAAUACAUGUAAUUUUUAAGCUAGACUACUACUUAUUUAUAUUAUUUUGUAUGUCUCGGUUUCCACAAAAGAAUUUUACUCUUCAUUUCCGCAUUUACUAAAAAAAUGUGCCAAAGCAGUGCUAAUGUGUCUGAUGCAAUAUAUAAGAUGCUACCAAAUUAUCUGCAUUUCCUGAUAUAAGGCAUUAAUGUUAGUUUUAUACAAUAAGUAAUGUCUUGGCAGCAUUGUUUAAUUAAAUAUACCAAAAUUUCUUCACUGAAUGCCAAUCCUCUGAUCCUAUAGUACCUACUAAAGCAUACUGUGACUAGAGCUGUAGUUAAAAAGAUACUAGAUGGCGUUGGGGUCAAAUUAAAUCGCGCUAUAAUUUCUCCCGAUCCGAAAGCCUUAUACGCAAACUGUCUAAAGCUAACCACUCAUACCAAUACAACAUGUUACAAAAGGCAUUGAUGAAUAAAUUUUUGAAGCACCUGGUCUGAUUUCUUCAGAGUCUGGUGCAUAUAAACAAAGAAUACCGACGGAAAAAUAAAUAAAUUUGCUUCAGGUGAGUCUUAAUA